AUUUAAGAAUUUAUUGGCUGUGUUAUCGAUAGAAAGGUUUAGUGUGGCCAUACGGGCAGAAUUUAUGAAGAUUUUCUUUUUGACGCGAGCAGCGCCACUCGCACGCUUUUGUUCAAAUCUUGUCCAGUUUUUGGAGUGCGAGGAUGACUUCACAUAAUUGUGUUUUACAUUGCUAUCACAAGCUGCUGCAGGAAAGGGCAGCUCGGCAGGAAGAAGGACAACCCCAGAACGUGGUACCCCGGCAGUCUUCUUCGCCACAACAGCAGGUGCCUUCUGAGCGAAACCGUCAAGGUGAUCACCCAUAUGCUCGUGUCUCCAUUGCACCGCCGACUGUCCAACAAGUUGAUCCGCCAAUUGCCCAACCCCAGCAGGAGCUAUCCCAUUCUCCACCAGCAAUGCGAGUGGGCCCUUUGAAUCCCCAGCAAGUGGCUCACGUUCCACCACAUCAGGGAGAGUCAUCCCAACAACAGGCCAAACCGAGAGUUGUAGGCCAACAGCAGGCCAGAUCGAACGUCCAAGUUUCUCCAAUGAUUCAGGAGGAAGUUUCUCAUUCACGUGCCAAAAAGAGCGAUAUAGUUUCGCCACCAGGACCAAGUCAGCAAAAGAAAUCCCAACCACACGCGCGAUGGGAUUUAAAUGAUAUAUAUGAAAAACAGAAGCGUUUGGCAAUCAAGUCUGAACCGAUGCGUUAUGAAGUUGGCAUCCGCAUGGGAGAGGUGGCCCAGAAACGGUAUGGGCAACGCCAGGAGAAGGGACCACCAAAAAAACUGACUAGGUAUGAGAAUCCUUUGGUUUUCGAGGAAUCAAGAAAAGAUACUCUGAUUGGGUUGUGGAAGCAUAUUGCUCGGAAUAUUAAGAGAGGAGUGUAUAAUUUGAAGCCGGUGAAGAAGGGUCAGUGCCCCACCUGCCGCCGCAGUGUGAGUUGCGGCCUGGCCCCCCACCAGGCUAUUUGUCGUCCGGAAAUGUACACACUUGGAUGCCCCUGUGGAUAUCUUUGCUCGACAAUCGGAAGUCUUAACGGUCAUCAAGCGACCUGCGACUUAUAUUUGGAGAAAUUCGCCUUCGCAGGUGGCCGUGCUUUUUUUUCCAUACAUAAGUGAAAAAUAUAGGACGGGCCCGCUCUUUGAUAAUAUUCCAGACUGAUUAUCCCGAAUAUAUUAACAACUUAUUAAAAUCAUACUUUACUAUAUAUUGGGAACAAAUUUAAUGAAAAUAAAAGAAAAUUAAAGAAAUUUAAGACGUCUUUAUAAACAGUUUAGGAAAGUUCCCAUUUCAGUUCAGUACAAAUUACAAGAAUUGU